AUGGCGGGUUUGGCAAUUUCACCUCCUCUGGGUCUCUCCUUCUCUUCUCGAGCUAGAAGCCCUAAACCCACUUCGUAUCUAUCUCACAAUCAAAGAAACUCUACAAAGCGUAUAGUGUCUGCUCUGCCGAGUCCGUAUGGCGAUUCUCUUAAAGCUGGACUUUCGAGUAAUGUUUCUGGCUCCCAAUUGAAGAUUGACAACAAGGAUCCUCGUAGUAUCGAUCCAAGAUUUGGAGUGAUAGAGGCGAAAAAGGGAAACCCCCCUGUAAUGCCAUCAGUGAUGACCCCUGGAGGACCUUUAGACCUUUCCUCUGUGUUAUUCCGCAACCGCAUCAUCUUCAUCGGACAACCAAUCAACGCUCAGGUUGCUCAGCGAGUCAUAUCUCAACUUGUAACCCUCGCAUCUAUUGAUGACAAAUCCGACAUCCUGAUGUACUUGAAUUGCCCCGGUGGCAGUACCUACUCCGUCUUAGCAAUCUAUGAUUGUAUGUCGUGGAUUAAGCCGAAAGUUGGAACCGUGGCGUUUGGAGUAGCUGCAAGCCAAGGAGCUCUUCUUCUCGCUGGAGGUGAAAAAGGAAUGCGUUAUGCGAUGCCUAACACUCGUGUCAUGAUACAUCAACCUCAAACUGGUUGCGGAGGCCAUGUGGAGGACGUGAGGAGACAGGUGAAUGAAGCUAUUGAAUCCCGACAAAAAAUUGACCUGAUGUAUGCAGCUUUUACUGGACAGCCUCUCGAGAAAGUGCAACAGUACACUGAAAGAGAUCGUUUCCUAUCUGCAUCUGAGGCGCUUGAGUUCGGGCUUAUCGACGGUCUAUUGGAAACUGAAUACUGA